GCCAUACAUUGAUACCGAUAAUAAAUGAAUGGAUUGAAAAAGGAACGAUCAUAAUAUCUGAUUUCUGGAAAUCUUAUGAUUGUUUGAUGGACGAGGGUUACAUUCACCUCAAAGUUAAUCAUUCCAUCAACUUCAAGGAUCCAGAAACAGGAACUCACACAAAUGCUAUUGAAAGUUCUUGGAGACACGCGAAGGGUACGAUGGGGUCAGGAACUCGAAAAAAGGCCAUGUUUCCACCACAUCUAGCAAAGUAUAUGUUCAUGAAAAUGUGCCGCUAUCAAAAGAUGGACCCAUGUGAAACAUUUUAUCGAAUGGCGGGUGAACUCUAUUCCCCACUAAAGUCUAAAGUGGAAAUGAGCGAUGAGGAGCAGUCCACUGAAAUUGAUGAAACGGAUGAAAACUUUGCGUAA